CGCGCGCGGAUGCACACACAAACACACACAUGCGCGCGCGGAAUUUCAGCUCAGCCAUGGCUCCCUGGUAGAUGCUCAAAGCGGCUGUUGUCAGAGCGAAUUAAAUCUACCCUCGCUCGCUUGCUUUCCUCCUGACCUUGCCUGCCUCCGGUUGGGGUUUCAAUAUUUUAUUUAGGAUUCCUGCGCUGUCUCCCCAUGGCUACAUCGGAUGGACUAGACGGCUGUCUGCAACGAGGCAGAUCUCAAAGUGACCCGAACAUACUCACCGAACCGGGCAUCGAUUUAGCUCACGGCACAGUAGAGCUAGUGGAACAGCAGAGGGUGCUCAGGACAGGCUGCUUGGUGACAGGGGUUCACACUCCACCCAUCCGACGUAACAGCAAGCUGGCCACUCUGGGGCGAAUUUUCAAGCCUUGGAAAUGGAGGAAAAAGAAAAAUGAUAAACUCAAGCAGAGUUCCACAGAUGUAGCAUUGUCCAGUGGACUUCUGUGCCACGACCCCACCUCUCCCACCCAAGGCUGCUGUUCAGAUGGUGGAGUCUUACUUGGAGGAUUUGGGGGCCCUUUGAAUUCAAACCUCACAGUCAGCAGUGUGGAAUAUCUUGGUCCUGAGGAGGAACAUCUCCCUUCAGCAGCUGUCCUUCUCCAGGAUUGUGAACAGGUGGAAGAGAAUGUACCGCUACCGGUAGAGGAGGGAGAGGAGGAGUUUCACCCUGCUAGUGAUCUACCUGAGGGACUGCAGGAAACAGGAGAACAAACAGAAGAGAGAUCAGCGGAGGAGAUUCCUCCAGGAACAUCCCCACCACAAGUACCUCCAAAACUUUUGCCCCAGCUGAGUACUGUAGAAGAUUCAGGACCUGCGUCGCUCCCUGCUCACCUGCCCAACUCCUACCUCCCUAAGGAGCCUCCACCCAGGGCCACAGAAAGUCUAGCUUCAAUAACGCUGACGCUUAGAGGGCCCCUGGGCAACCCCUCAGGGUCUCCACACCUAGGCAAUAUGAUACACCCUCCCAUGCCCCCCAGCUGCAUUAUGGAGGAACUGCAAAGAGCCUUCGCUUCCAAGAACAGACAGGAGAAUGUCCAUGAAGGGUGUGAGCAGGGCUCAUCUCCUCGAUUGUGGUGUUCCGAUGGACGGCUCUCUCGUUCCUGCAGUUCGGAUAACCAACACAUGUCGUCUUUGGGGGGCGGGUGUGGGGGAGUUGGCGGGUCCGACUGGCCCAAGAAGGAAGCAGAAGAGAACAAGGAGAACGUACGGCUGGACCAGUGCUUCUCCAACACAUCAGGCCUCCCCUUUGACCUGGAGGGCUGGAAUGAGUCAGUCAUUUCUGGAACGCUUCCUCGCAGGCUAAGGAAGGAGUUGCUGGCUGUAAAGCUACGAAACAGGCCUAGCAAGCAGGAACUGGAGGAUAGGAAUAUCUUCCCAGCAAGGAGCGAUCAGGAGCGGCAGGAGAUUCGCCAGCAGAUUGAGAUGAAACUUGCCAAGAGGCUGAGCCAGAGGCCGAAUGUGGAGGAGCUGGAAAGUCGGAAUAUUUUGAAACAGAGAAAUGAUCAGACAGAGCAGGAGGAGAGAAGGGAGAUCAAACAGCGGCUAAACAGAAAGCUCAACCAGCGGCCAACAGUAGAUGAACUCCGGGACAGAAAGAUUCUGAUCCGCUUCAGUGACUAUGUGGAAGUGGCCAAAGCUCAGGACUAUGACAGGAGAGCAGACAAGCCCUGGACCCGGCUCUCAGCAGCAGACAAGGCUGCAAUCCGAAAAGAGCUGAACGAGUUCAAGAGCACGGAGAUGGAAGUGCACGCCUCAAGCAAACACCUAACGAGGUUCCACCGACCGUGAAAGUGGGUUUCUUCUGUGAAGAAAUGCUGAGCUUAGAAAUCUCCUGAAGCUGCUAGAUGCUGCUCAGUGGUGACAGUUUAAAGAGCCUGGAGCCUUUUUGUCUUCAGAGUGUCUUUAAUUUUCUUCCAGCACCCUCAUAUUACCGGUAUGAAGGAAUGGGUGUAGGAGAAAAGAUGAUGGUGAUGUUUGCAGCAGUGUGUCCUGGAGACUACUGGAUGCAACACGGAAAGUGGCAGGUCAAAAAAAACUUUGAUGGAGCCUUUGACCCUCAGGACAAGAGUGGAGGAGAAAACAAUCUUGUCCUUCAGUCAUCAUUGUUUUUCUAUUUGUACUAAUUCAUGGACUUCUUUGACAAAGCGGUGUGACUCCGUAUAGAGAAGAAGUUGCGCAUGUGACCAGCUUCACCUUUUCUUAACUGAUGAAUAAUGUGUCACUUUGACUGUGUACAGACAGCAGUCUGGGGAAGUAUUGUUGGGGAGGAAUUUGAUAUUAACUGUACAUACAGUAUGUCAGUCAGAAUGGGACCGUCAAUGUCUUCACUGAAAAGAGAAAUACCUUUGUAAGCACUACUUGUCAUCGAAAUACAUCUUUUUUUAAA